AUGUCUUAUAAAGUGUGUAAAUCAAUUAAUGAUAUUGAUAAAUCUGUUGAUGAUGAUCGGAAAAACCCAGGAACAGAGAUGUCUGGGGCUUUAUUAAGUAUGUAUUGCCCUGAUGAUAACUGUAGUAGUGAUGAAGAAAAGAUUAUCUCUGGUUUUAUAUUGUUACUAAAUAUGUUUGGUGAGGAAAAUAUAAAUAGCGAUAAACUUGUUGAAUACGCUAUUUUAUGGUUAAGUUAUAAACUAAAUCAAAAAACAGAAAGUGGAACGACCAUAUUAAACGAUUUUUAUACUAAAAUUAUAAAAAAAAAUAGUAAAUAUAAUGAGCAUAUAACUACUGAUAGUAGUAAUAAGAUUUAUAUGGAUGUUAUAGAAAAUAAAAUAAAAUCGAUGGAUAUGACUAUUAAAGAUAUAUCUAAUUUUUAUGAUCCAUUUAAAUCAUUGUGUAACGUGUAUAGUGAACUUGAUCCAGAAAAAACCCAAUGCAAGACAUGUUUAGAAAAUGCUGGAGAAUUUUUUGAAAAAUAUGAAAAACUUAAAAAUGGUUUAGAUAUUACUAAAGGAGAAUCUUAUUCUGAACUAUGGUUUAGUUUAUCAAAAGAUUAUGAAAAAUUUAAAGAAAAUUGUAAAACUUUUGGAUGUAAUAAUUCCUCACCACUUGUAGCUUGUCCACGAAGUUCAGUAACAAAAAAUACACUAAUUACAAUUGCAAUUAUAUUUGUUGCAUCAUCAAUUUUAUUGGGAGUUUCUUAUAAGUAUUCGUUAUUUGGAUUUCGGAAACGAUCUCAAAAACAUUUAAGAGAAAUGCUAAAAAAAUAA